AUGGAGACCUCAACACCCAGAGUUACCUGCGCCUACCUCAACUCAUACGUCGGCAGGAAUGUUAUGGUCGUGGGCAAAGUCGCCCAAAUCCGCGGUGAAGACGCCAUCAUCGACGCCGACGGCAACAUCUCUUGCAAGCUGAAUCGCGAUGCCCACCUAGUCCCGGGCAACGGUGUCCAAGUCAUUGGCAAAGUAAACCCAGACCUGUCAGUCAAAGUCCUCAGCUCCCUUGACCUGGGCACGGGCGUUGACUACAACCUUGCCAACACAGUGGUGGAGAUAACACAUCAGCACAAGAACUUGUUUACCAACGAGUAG